GAAAUGUGCGAGUGAUCAGCUUUUUCACUCUGAGCUGAGCGUUGAUGGGGUCAGCCGAGAACAACUGUAACAAACCUAAUCGUCGGAAAAUCUGAAAACAAACGCCGGAGGGAUCCUGCUCGCGCCCGACAUGGAAUUGUGCCCUUGUUUGUCGCGCCGUGCUUAAUAGGUCUUCUGCAUUAUUAAGCAUCAUAGGAGGCAAGUUCUAUUGUGCAUUUAUUAUUUCGUUGCUUAAGAGUAGAUUCUUUUCCAAUGGCACGAAAACGGAUGAAACCCAAUGAAGCUCCGCUAAACCGAACCUUGUGUUGGCGUGAGGAACUGGCAGAGAGAAGUCAAAAGCUCUCUUCAGUUUUAGAUUACAGCGAUCCCUAUUGCAUGUCUAAUUUAUGGCAUAGCAUGGACUGUGGGAAGUACGGGAGUGUGACAAAAGAGAUUGAAGAGCUUUUGUGUCAAAGCAGAAACUACAUUCACUCAUGCUAUGCAAGGGAUCCUUCACUUGCCAGUAAAAUCAUUGAGCUGGAAAACAAUUUCACCACAGAGGGUAGGGGAGGCCAAGAUGGUACUGGUGUAAUAGAUUUGGAGGAUGAUCAUGGUGCUGGGAAUGUUCCAAUUGCUCGCUUUGUGCCUCCUGCUCAGCUUGUCCCUUCAGCUGGCCCUCUUGUUAUCAUUGAUUCAGAUGAUGAAGACACCCUGACGCUUAAUUGCACGUUCCAAGGAAUACAUAAUGAGAACCCCCAAUUGGAGCAUAUGAAUAACAGUGGGUUCUUUAUUAAGACUUGUGAAUGCAUUUACCACCUUAUCCUCAACUUUUACAUGUAGAACCCCCAAUUGGAGCAUGGACCUAAAGCUUUGGCAUUAAGGUCUUUUCAGAGUACAGCUUACGUAGAUGCUUCUGCUGAUGCAUUAAAUUAUGCUAAACAUGGACUGGAUUCACCUGGAACCAAGAUGCUUAUAGAAAGUGAAAAUCCUGCUCUUCAAACUGAAAAAAGCAAGGACAAGGGCUCCUACGUUGGCGUAGAGGAAGAUUCAGAAACAGAGGAUGGAGAUGGAGAUAAUUGUGACGGGUUAGAUGAUAUAUGGAAUGAAAUGUCGUUUGCUAUAGAAUGCUCAAAGGACAUGACUGUGGAUGCUUCAUUAGAUGGGGAUGCUGAUGAAAAUGAAGGAUGCGAUCAUUCCUUCAUCUUAAAAGAAGAUAUUGGCUCUGUUUGUCGUAUUUGUGGAGUUAUUAAGAAAAGCAUAGAGAGCAUAAUUGAUUAUCAGUACUCAAAGACUGUAAAGAGUGCAAGAACUUGUCACUAUGAAAGUCGAACAACCAAGGAUUCAGGGACUAGUGAGAAUUUACCCGAGGUCAUCACAUCAUCUCAUGAACUUGCAGUAGCUGAUAUAUGUGCUCAUCCAAGGCACAAAAAACAGAUGAAACCCCAUCAAGUUGAGGGGUUCAAUUUUCUACUCAGCAAUUUGGUGACUGAUAACCCUGGGGGAUGCAUACUGGCACAUGCUCCUGGAUCUGGGAAGACUUUUAUGAUCAUAAGCUUCCUGCAAAGUUUCAUGGCAAGAGAUUCUUCGGCUAGGCCUUUAGUGGUGCUACCUAGAGGAAUACUGUCCACGUGGAAGAAAGAGUUUAUUAGGUGGCAAGUGGAGGAUAUCCCACUCUAUGAUUUCUACUCUGUGAAAGCUGAAAAUCGAGCUCAACAGUUGGAAGUUCUAAAGCAAUGGUCCGAUGAAAGGAGCAUUCUAUUUCUAGGCUACAAACAAUUUUCAGUAAUUGUGUGUGACCAUGAUAUAGGCGAUGCUUCAAGAGCCUGUCAGCAUAUUUUGUUGAAUCGCCCGUCAAUUCUCAUUUUGGAUGAGGGCCAUACUCCAAGGAACCAAGAUACUGAUGUUUUGACUUCACUGGAAAAGGUGCAGACGCGUCGCAAGGUUGUUUUGUCUGGUACGCUUUAUCAAAACCAUGUAAAAGAGGUCUUUAACAUACUUAACCUUGUUCGUCCGAAGUUUCUGAAGUUGGAAGAGUCUAAGGCUAUCAAGAGGCGAAUAUUGAGCAGAGCAUCCAUUUCCAACAAAAGAACCAUGGUAAAGAAGGGCUCAGAUAACGACUUCUUUGAGUUAGUGGAGCACACAUUGCUGAAAGAUGAUAAUGUCAAAAGAAAGGCCACAGUUAUACAAGAUCUAAGAGAGAUGACAAGGAAAGUUCUUCAUUACUACAAGGGAGACUUUCUGGAAGAACUCCCAGGACUCGUGGACUUCACUGUAAUCCUGAAGCUCCAUCCUAAGCAGAAGAGUGGAGUGGGUGAAUUGAAGAACUUACGAAGAAAGUUCAAAAUUAGCGCGGAAGGCAGUGCAUUAUAUGUGCACCCUCAGUUAAUGAGUCUCUCCAAACACACUGUUAAAGAAAGGGUUGACGUAGGGAAGAUUGAUAUGAUUCUUGAUAAUUUGGAUUCACGCGAGGGAGUAAAGGCCAAGUUCUUCCUAAAUCUUCUGGCGUUGUGCGAAUCGCACGGAGAAAAACUCUUAGUUUUUAGCCAGUACCUAUUACCUCUGAAGUUCCUGGAGAGAUUGACCAUAAAGGUCAAAGGCUACAGCGUUGGAAGGGAAAUUUUCAUGAUCACUGGAGAUUCAGAUAACGAGGUGCGUGAAUCUUCAAUGGAACGGUUCAACACAUCUGCAGAUGCACAUGUUUUCUUUGGCUCAAUCAAAGCCUGUGGUGAAGGGAUAUCGCUUGUGGGCGCAUCCCGUAUCAUAAUAUUGGAUGUACACUUGAACCCUUCAGUGACCCGUCAAGCGAUAGGCCGUGCAUUCCGGCCCGGUCAGCUAAAGAAAGUGUACACAUAUAGGUUGGUGGCUUCUGGCACACCAGAGGAGGAAGACCACACGACCUGUUUCCGAAAGGAAUCUAUAGCAAAAAUGUGGUUUGAGUGGAAUCAAUACUACGGCCUUGACGAUUAUGAGUUGGAGAAGAUGGAUCCAAAGCAAUGCGAGGAUGAGUUUCUGGAAACAGAAAGGUUUUCUGAUGACAUUGUUGCUCUCUACAAAAGGUAAAAGGCAAGGAAUAGACCGGUUAAUUUAGCAAUGGAUUCACAUUUCUUGGGCUUUAUUGUGUUGCCAGAUAAGUGACAAUGUGCAGUAAUUUGCAGUAAUUCGACUGAUCAUAGAUAGGUUGGUUUAAGUUAGGUCCUUCUAACCUUUUGUAGUCUAUCGCGCAUGUAUCUAAGUAUGAACAAUCAAGUCUCAGGUUAAUAUGACUACUUUUGAAUGGGGGAUUCUGUGCUGAACUGUUGAUAUCUUGAAAUAGCUGAUUGAUUGACCUAUACAAAGAUAUCAUUGAUAUCUUGAAUUAGCCGACCCCAAAUUCUUUUGGGAUUAAGGCUUGGAUGUUGUUGUAUUGACCUAUACAAAGAGUUUAAUGAUGUCUGGUUUUACCC